AUGGGUGAUCGAGUUGAUUCUAAUCUCCCACAAAGUUAUGAAAACGAGCCAUCUGAACAUUUGAUGGGACCAUCUAUACCAAAAGAUAAUGGUGAAAUACUCUUAACAAGGACAGAUGUACCCAAAACAAUUAUUCAUGUGCCUUUAGAGAAAUUUGUUACUCAACAACUUGAAGUCGAGUAUGAAGAGGAGUUUGAAGAUGAGUCUACAGAUGAGUUUAAAGACGAGUCUGGAAAUGAGUAUGAAGAUGAGUCUGAAAAUGAGUAUCAAGAUGAGUCUGAAGAUGAGCUUCAGGAUGAGUCUGAAGAAGAGUUUGAAGAUAACGCACCAUGA